AUGGCCGCCGCCGCCGGGCCGGCGGCCGACGCGAUGCAGAAGUUCCCCGACGGGGCGCACGUGCGGCUGCGGAGCCGCGUGCACGGCGGGUACCUCCACGCCGACGAGGACGGGGCGGGCAUCUCCCUGCGCUGGCUCCGCCGCAGGUCGGCGAACGCGGCGUGGCGGGUGCAGCGCAUCCUGCACGACGGCACCAACUGCGUCCUCCUCCACAGCGCCGCCUACGGCCGGUACCUCGCGGCCUCGCCCGACCCGGCGCCGCCGGGGCACCGCGGCCACCGCGUCGUCCAGGGGGACUACGGCGAGGAGGAGGGCGUGGACCCCGUCCUCUGGAAGCCCGUGGGCUCGGGGCACGCCGGCUACGUCCUGCUGCGCCACGUCUCCUACCGCCUCCUCCGCGCCAACGGCAGGUACCGCCGCUGGCACGCCGGCGUCUCCGUCGACGACUUCGACAACCAGAGCACGAUGAUGCAUUGGAAGGUCGAGGUCAUCCCCCCGAGACCCGGGCCGCCGGUCCUCGUACCUCCACCUCGGAUUAAUCGAGAAGGCUUCCGCGGCCUGUUCCUCCUGCGCGAGCCCGCGAUGCUUCAGCGAACGAUCCGGUACGUGGAGGCGGACAAUCAAGGCAACUUCAACCUGAACCCGAACGGCUGGGCCACGUUCCAGUUCCAUGGCCGGUCCAUGUUCAACCUGAGAUGGGAGGUGGCGACCCAUCUGGGCCUUGCGCUCUUCUUCUUCCGCGUCAUUGUGUGCGUCCGAGCCGGCCAGUACGGGCAGCCGACCCCGCUGGUCAUCGACUUGCCUCGCAACGAGGAGACCUUGGACGUCGUCGCCGUCAUUGCCGAUACACCAGCCGCUCAGGCGUUGAGGUACCCAGAUGUUGAUGCACACUGAGGGUAGAUGAUGGCAGGACUCCUGACAACCACCUCGCAAUUCAUCUCUUCAGAAUUCCAAUGUACCACUGAGUCUGAUACAACACGAGAAUCGGCUGUAAAUUUUUGGUAGUUAGGUUUGAUCCAGCCUCCUAACAGGAAGCAGUUUGUACUGAUCUUUCAGUUUCACAACUCACAAACUGCGGAUCUUUUUUUUACAGUGGCAGUAGUAGUAGUCACAAGCUUCAUCUCUAUGACUAUUGCCUGAUAGCAAGAAUGGAUGUUGCUUUUUGUACCUGCCCUUUUGAUAGAUUUCAGUAAAUGUCAGGUUUCUCUGUUACACCAUUCGUCCACUGGAACCCUGCCUCUGCAUUUGGCAACUGUCAGG